CAAACCCUGCAGAGUGGCGCCGAGGGCGCCGAUCCGGAAGUUCACAAGAGGGUCGCGGUGCAGGUGCAGGUUCAGGGUAUGGAGGGUGAUUGGCGCGCCUACUGUGAGCAUCCGCUCUCCGUAGCGACCGCGGCCAUGCUAAACCUUCAGCAGCAGCAUCAGUCGGCGGUAACUAACCACAAUGAUGAUCCUGCCGCGUCCUAUGUCUAUGAAUACUACAAAUUGCCCGAGAAAACGGCGGAUGUCAAACUACCGCCCACGCAUGAACUAUGGUCUACGGGUGUGAUGGGCCAGAAGUUGCUGGUGCAAGAGGCGCCUGGCUCUGGUUCCGGUUCGACGAAUCGCAUGGAAGGCGGCGAAGGUGCCGGAGGAGGGGAGCUACACCACUUCCUCCAGUACAACCAGCAAUCUCACAGUCCUAGCCAGAGCCUGCAGGGUGGCCUUCCGCUUCCGCUAAGCCCACAACCCCUGCGACACGACGGUGCUUCGAGCGCCGGCAUCGUCGGGGUCAAGAGGGAACCAGAAGAUCUGAGCUCGUCACGCGGAGGCCAACAACCCAGCAAACGACACAAACAGGCGCAACCCGACAGUCCCACACCACCGGGAAUGUACCAUCAUCAUCCGCAUCAGUUGCAGGUGCAGCAGUACGGCAGUCCUUACGACCCCUACACGUCGUGCAGUCCGAGGUUGCAGUCGACUGCCUAUACGUCUACGUCAGCGACCGGGACGGGAAAUGCAACGGCGAAUCCGGGUGGCGGCCUCCAUCAGGAGGCGACGACGGUCUACGUCGCUGGUGACGCAUUGCCGCCACUUGCGUCGUCGAGCUCCACUUCCUCGCUGUCCACCACGACUGCUUCGUACACGAGGUACGAGGUUGUGCCGAGCUCAUACGCUACGACACACGCGAUACGCUCGUCGUCGAGUAGCAGCAAAGUCCUGACCGUUGAUCUCCCCAGCCCCGAUUCUGGCAUAGGCGCCGACGCAGUGACGCCCAGACAGGAUCAUCAUCCAACCACGGCCCUUCAUCAGUCGUCAUUCGACUACACAGAAUUAUGCCCUGGCGGAACAACAGCCGGAGCAGCGGUAGUUCUCGAAAGUGGAGCGGUGAUACACCAACCCCUGCAAUUACAGCUGCAGCAGAACCACGCACAAGCGCAGGUGCAACGCAGCAACUUAGUGUCCACUGGUGCGACAAAUCCGAAUCCAAAUCCAAAUCCGCAGAGAUCGCGGCCUUGGCACGAUUUCGGCAGACAGAACGACGCCGAUAAGAUCCAGAUACCGAAAAUUUUCUCGAACUACGGAUUCAAGUACCACUUGGAGUCACCGAUCAGUACGUCGCAACGCCGCGAGGACGAUAGAAUAACGUAUAUCAACAAGGGCCAAUUCUACGGAAUCACGUUGGAAUAUGUGUCCGAUCCGGACAAGCCGCUCCUCAAGGCAGGGCAGACAGUCAAGAGCGUAGUAAUGUUGAUGUUCCGAGAGGAGAAGAGUCCGGAGGACGAAAUCAAAUCCUGGCAGUUUUGGCACGGGAGGCAACAUUCUGUCAAACAACGGAUUCUUGACGCUGACACAAAGAAUAGCGUUGGCUUGGUGGGCUGCAUAGAGGAAGUCGCGCACAAUGCGAUUGCCGUUUACUGGAACCCACUCGAAUCGUCGGCAAAGAUAAACGUGGCGGUGCAAUGUCUCAGUACCGAUUUCUCGAGUCAGAAAGGCGUGAAGGGUUUGCCACUGCAUAUCCAGGUCGACACGUACGAGGAACCACCGCCCCACACGCACACGUAUACACCGCCUUCCCAUCGUGGCUACUGUCAAAUUAAGGUCUUUUGCGAUAAGGGAGCUGAGAGAAAGACCCGGGAUGAAGAGAGACGCGCGGCUAAGAGGAAGAUGACAGCGACUGGCAGAAAAAAGCUCGAUGAGCUUUAUCACCCUGUUACGGAGCGCAGUGAGUUUUACUCCAUGGUCGAUCUGCACAAACCGCCUGUGCUGUUCUCUCCACCGGCCGAACACGCCAUCGAUAAGGUGCAGGAGCUGCAGGGUUCGGUGCUGCAGGGGGUGCAACAGACCGGCCUGGCGGGCGCGGUGGUGUCCAAUGUCGGUAAUCGGCUGCACCUACAACAGCAGCCGCCGCAUCUACGCCCAACGGACGCCGAGGAACGCGUCAUGCUCUACGUGCGUCAGGAAUCGGAAGAUGUCUACACACCACUGCACGUCACACCACCGACGGUCCAGGGGCUACUCAACGCUAUUGAGUCAAAGUACAAAAUUGCAUCCUCGAGUAUUAAUAACCUCUAUCGCAAAAACACAAAGGGAAUUACAGCGAAAAUUGACGAUGACAUGAUUCGAUAUUACGUCGACGAGGACCUGUUUCUGCUGGAGGUGAGCCACUCGCGGAUCAAUCCGGACAGCGAACGCAAUCCGAACAAUCCGGGUUCGCCGGGUGAUCCUGGCGAUCCGAGUGAUUCUCCCGCCGGAUAUGACGUCACUCUCAUCGAACUACCUUCAUCGCCUCCACAUCUACCACACUCACCCCUCACCAAUUCCACACAUGCACAUGUGCAUAUUCACGACAACAGUAACACGUGAACCUGAACGAACCAGAAACGUGUAAAUACGCCACGCAAGCUCGACGAGAACUGAUCAUUUGGAUGAAUGAAGGAUCAGCAACCUCUUGCGUUGAAUAAUAACAAUUACUAAAUGAGUAGCGAAUUUUUUCGCACCACGUUGAAGAUUCUUGUACAGUUUACUCGAUGAUGUGCCUACCAAAAAUGAUCAUCGAGAAAGAUCCAAGUAGCAACGUGUUAAUUAUUUUCCAGCAAGAACAAUCAAGAAGAGAAUCAAGAGAGGAUACAUUUCUGAAGAUCACUGAAUUUUCAACGUGAUAGUUCAAAGAAGAAUCGAUGCCACGUUAUUUUAAUCGUAAUGUAACAGAGAUUUAAUUGCACAUUUCGGGCAGAUUUCGUUGUCGAUGUUUUAGGGCUAUAAAAAAUUUAAAUAGUAAAACAUAAGCAGUAAAGGAAAUUAACAUGUUUGCUUACGUUUCACUGUUUAAGUUUUUAUGUGCCAUGGUCCUUAUUACUGUUCUCCUCUUGCCCCUCGUAUUUAAACAAUGAGUUAAUGGAUACUUAAUGAAGACGUCGACAACGAAAUAAGCCGAAAAUGUGCAACUAAAUCUCAGCUUUGUAGUAUAAUAUCACAGUCGAAGCCUAUAUUUGAACAGACACAUUUUGAACAAUUAUCGAUACAAUAAUUAUUAGCGAAACGUUUACCAAAAAACUAAUAAGCAUGCGCUAAGAAAUAUUUUUA